UUACCCGUUGAAGAUGAAGAUGUCCUGCCCGUGCCUGUUGCAAAGAAAGCCAAACUCAGUCUUGGAGCGUUGACGAGCCUCAAGAAAUCUGAGAAAACAUCGUCGUCGCCCGCUGCAUCCCCGCGUAGCCGUCUAUCCAAAGAGAUUGACCGCUAUAUCUCGGCAUUCCCAGUGAUAGACGGAGAUGACGAUCCACUUCAAUGGUGGAAAUUAAAUGCAAAGGAACUACCGUUGCUCUGCCAGUUAUCGAGAAGGUAUCUUGCCAUCCAAGCAAGCAGUUCGCCGUCGGAGAGACUUUUCAGUAAAGCGGGGCAAGUUAGCACGCCGGCACGAGCACAACUUAAACCGGAGAAAGUUGACAAACUUGUGUUCCUGGCGGAGAACUUAUAG